AUUUUAUAAUAUAAAAUCAUAUCAUACAUGUAUUAGUCAUCAAUAUAUCUCUUCAUUCAUAAGAUAUCAAUAAGUGAUUUAGUAUACUUAUAACUUAUAGCAUCUCACAAUUCCAUCUCCAACCUACUCAAUAUGCCGUGGUGCCACCCUUGCGACCGCUGGUUCGCCAGUGAUCGUAGCUACAACCAACACGUUGAGAACAGCAAUACUCACCGUGAAGAUCAAUACGAACCCAGUGAUGAAGAGCCUGAAUUUGAAUGUCUUGGUUGCGACAAUUGGUAUUGGACCAACAUGGCUCGUGAAGAGCAUCACGUCCGUGAACAUGGCCAUCGUUAUUGCCAGCCAUGCAAACGCAUGUUUCGUAAUGAAAACAACUUGAUGCAGCACUUGCAUUCCCGAAUCCACCAAGGAGCGUCCAUCGAAUGCCCAUUCUGCACCACCCAAUAUCCAACCGCCUCAGCACUCAUCAUCCACCUCGAAUCCGGUCGCUGUCCUUCUGGUUCGAAUCGUCAGAAAAUCAAUGCCGAGAUUCGCCGCCUGGAUCGCGAUCACGUCAUCACUACCCGUCUGAUCGAGUAUCCUUCAUCCUCCUCCACCAACAUUGCUACCAACCGCUCUUGGAACGGUUCUCAAUUUGAAUGUGCUUUAUGUUAUCGGGGAUUCAAUACUCUACAAGGAUUGAGUAGCCAUCUGAAAAGCCCCGUUCAUCAGCAGAAAAUGUACAAGUGCCCAGGUGCAAGAUGCGGAAAGGAGUUUAUUGCGUUAAGUGGGUUGGUGCAACAUGUCGAGAGUGAGAGUUGUGGCGCCAUGAGGUUUUCCAAGGUACAGAGUACGGCGAGGGGUGGAGUUGGUAGAAUGGUGAGAAGGAUGAUUGGAAACUAAAGACUGCGAAAUAGGCGUUAUUAGCGGAUAUCAAGUUGGGGGCAUGAGAUUUACAUAAUUUCUUGCUGGAGAUGAUACAAGAUGAGAGACCUUUUAUCAACUAUGCAAACGCGAUAGAAAUUCUGAUGCUUUGAGAGUUGGGAAAUGUGGAAAUGAUAUGACUAGAUAUUUUGGUAUUAUGAGUCAACAUGACUUACUAAUGUAACCUAUGUCCAAGAAUGGCUCCGUGGAAAAAUACCCGGAGAUAAUAGCAAUGAAAUUGACAUACUGUCAUCAAAA